GUCUGCUGGUUCUAAAAUUGUAUAGCUUCUUGGAAUCAAGAAUUUUUGCAUGUACAACUACAAUACUGGAUGGAGCCAAGAUUUUUCACUAAGGAUAUUUAUGAUAUAAACAAGUAGACAGACAAAGAAGCAAGGGAUUCAACAUCUACUAUCUAUUCCUAAAUAAAUUUUGAUCAUAUAUAUACAAUUGCAUUUUCUGAUUAAAAGGGGUUCGGACGAACCUCCUUGUGCCUCCCUAUCUCCGCCCCUGUACGGCGGUGGCAUAAAAGCUCAAGACACUAUACAAGGAUGAUGCAAUUGUAGAUGUGAGCAUGACUAGACCAAAUUUCCAAGAUUUCAUGACUCUUUAGUCUUUCCAGCAGUCAGCUGUACCUAAAAUCCAAAAUUCACAUUGACUUUCCAAAGUGCACCAGGAGUUUCUAUGAAAGCACCAAAGGCCUUUUCAUCACAAGGACAAGGCAUACAACAGAAUGACCAAUUCAUUCUUUACAAGCAAAGGGGUUAGGCAAAUCAACAACAAAGUUUUGAUAACUUUAUCAAGAAGUAUAUUACAUGGUUAAAAGUUAGACAUGUACUUCAAAAGACCAUUGCUUGAUAUCAAGAAUCUUACUAUUUUACUUCAAAUGACUUCCAAAAACCUAUUCUCCUUCCUCUUUCUACUUGUCCUUCCGUUUUCGAGUUUUUCCAACACAACAGCUUGGAUAAAAUCUGGUUUCUGGUAUGCUGGCAGUGAGUUUCCAGUUCCUGAACUUCCUUCCACUAUGUUCACACACCUUCACUUUGCCUUUGCAUAUAUCAACACUUCAAGUUUUGAGCUUUACAUAUCUCACUCUGAUGAACCAUAUGUAUCUACCUUCUCAGAAACUGUGAAGCAAAAUAAUCCCUCAGUUAUCCCACUUCUAUCCAUAUGGGGAGGAAGGGAUCAGUCCCCUGACUUUUUCGCUAUGACUAGUGAGUUUUCUCGUAGGAAAUCUUUCAUCAGGACGUCAAUAAAAACCGCUCGACAAUACGGAUUUCAAGGACUAGAUCUUUUUGGUGUUACCCCUGAUACAGCUUCCAACAUGACUAAUAUGAGAAUAUUUAUUGAAGAGUGGCGGACAGCGAUUAAUUCUGAGUCGGAGAAUUCAUUGGUCUUGACUAUGGGAGCAUAUUACUCACCCAUGCUAGAUUCCAUGACCUAUCCAGUAGAUACAAUUGUUAGAAACUUUGAUUGGGUUCAUCUCAUAGCAUAUGACUAUUACUUGCCUACAAAAGAUAAUUUUACAGGAGCACAUGCAGCUUUAUAUGAUCCAGCUAGCAAGCGAAAUACAGACUAUGGUCUAAAGGAAUGGAUAAAGAGCGGAUUACCAGCCAAUAAAAUAGUUCUAGGUUUAGCAUACCAUGGCUAUGCGUGGACACUUGUGAAUCCAAAUCAUAACACGGUGGGUUCACCUGCAAGAGGUCUCGCAAUAACACAAGAUGGAUCGAUGAGCUAUAGAUACAUCAAGCGGUAUAUGAAAAGUUAUGGAGCUACACCCGUCUAUAACUCAACUUAUGUUGUGAACUAUGUGACUAUUCGAUCAUUUUGGAUUGGUUAUGAUGAUGUCGAGGCUAUCAGAACUAAAGUUUCUUAUGCGAAGGAUAAGGGUCUUCUUGGUUUUGCUGCAUUCCAAAUUCCCAGUGAUGAUGUCGAUUGGGAGCUCUCAAAAGCAGCCUCGGAUGAAAAAGAAGAAGACCAACACGGCAGCAAGCGAAGGUUACUGGCAAUUCUUUUGCCAACAAUCACCAUCACCAUUCUCCUAAUAAGUACAAUUUUGUGUAUCUUCAAAAAGAAAGCUAUAAGAUCUGAAGGUAUCAGGGAAUUGAAUGAAAGAGCUAUAGGUCGUAAUAUGAAAGUUUUCAGCUUUGAUCAAAUAAAAGAAGCUACAGACAAUUUCUCCAUUAAAAACAAGAUUGGAGAGGGAGGCUUUGGACCUGUUUAUAAGGGAAGGUUAAGUGAUGGGCAAGAAAUUGCAGUAAAACGGCUUUCAGAAUGCUCUAAGCAAGGAGUAGAAGAGUUCCAGAAUGAGGUCACACUUGCUUCAAAGUUACAACAUGUCAAUGUUCUACAACUUCAGGGCUUUUGCAUCGAACGAGAAGAGAAGAUACUGAUUUAUGAGUACAUGCCAAACAAGAGUUUGGAUUCCUACCUUUAUGAUCCAGUAAAGAGCCUGAAAUUAGAUUGGGAGACACGGGCUCGUAUUAUAGAAGGAGUCACUCAAGGACUUCUAUACCUCCAAGAGUACUCAACAUUCACAGUCAUUCACAGAGACUUGAAAGCUAGCAACAUUUUACUAGACGAUGAUAUGAAGCCAAAAAUCUCAGAUUUUGGUAUAGCUAAACUUUUUCAGAAAGAUGAAAAGGAAGCAAACACCGGAAGGAUUGUCGGGACCUAUGGUUGUGUUCCUCCAGAGUAUGUUAAACGAGGUAUAUACUCCAGGAAAUACGAUGUUUACAGUUUUGGAGUUUUAUUAUUGCAAAUCCUUGGUGGCAAGAAGAAUUCAUAUGAAUAUGGCAUCGAGAACGAUCUGAAUCUUCUCGAAUACGCAUAUGAACUUUGGCAAAAAGGCAACGGAGUGGAUUUUAUUGAUCCAUCACUGCAAGAUGAUUUUCAAAUAGGGAAACAACUGAGAUGCAUGCAAGUUGCACUAUUGUGUGUACAAGAAAAAUGGGAAGACAGACCAUCCAUGUUGGAGGUAUACUCCAUGCUCAAAAAUGAAACUGAGGUCUUGCCAAAUCCUAAAGUUCCUGCUUUUUCCAAAAAUAAAGACAAUACCACACAAGAGACUUUAAUCACACUUGACCUUACUUGUUCAGAUAAUAGUCUCACUAUUUCCCAACUUAUAGCCCGUUAACACUUCAUAGAUUCAGGAAGCAUUUUAAUGUCAAAAAUGGUCAUUUUGCUCUGCUUCAUUAUUUGGUCUUGAGAAUCCCAUUAAGGAGGUCUGCAUACCAAAUUCUUUCAUUUUCUCUGAAGUAGGAGAAUUGUCUUCUCUAUUUAUUGGUUCAGUAAGGGCAUGAAGGCAUGUCCAUAGAUCAACUUGUGAUCGCAUUUGAGAUUCCUUUCACCAAUUUGGCAAAAUUCAUGAGUAAUUCUCCACCAGACACUUGAUUUUUGUUUUUGUAAAGUGGUUUAAACAUGCAUACAUGAGCGCACAUGCGCGCGCAUGUACUCUCUCU